CCUUCUGUUCAGGGGGAAUGAUUGGUGAUGGCCGAUGGACUCAAAGAAGAGAAGCUCAACAGAAGCAGAAGGAUCCAAAGAAAGAGGCCUGGUCCACGUCUGGCAGGCAGGAUCCUGCUCUGUAACUCCGGAGAGACUGCCAGGCUGGGGAGGGAAAGCCGUUCUACAGGCAGCCCUUGGAGUCAGACAUGGUGUUCUUCUGACUGAAGAUGGUGAGGUUUACAGCUUUGGGACUCUUCCUUGGAGAAGUGAACCAGCAGACAUUUGCCUGAGUAACCCGGUUCUGGAAAAGGCAUUGGUCGGGCAUCAUGUUGUCAUGGUGGCAGCCGGAAGUUUUCACAGUGGUGCAGUCACAGAGAGUGGAGUUGCAUACAUGUGGGGGGAGAACUCUGCAGGCCAGUGUGCGGUAGCCAGCCAGCAGUAUGUUCCAGAACCCAGCCUUGUCAGCAUCUCAGAUUCUGAGAGCAGCCCUCUGUUAGCUGUCCGGAUCGUGCAGCUGGCAUGUGGCGCAGAGCACACUCUGGCUUUGUCCCUCAGCCGGGAGAUUUGGGCAUGGGGGACCGGCUGUCAGUUGGGUCUCAUCACCACCACUUUCCCGGUGACAAAACCUCAAAAGGUGGAGCACCUUGCCGGGAGAGUCGUGCUGCAAGUGGCCUGUGGCGCCUUCCACAGUUUAGCCCUGGUACAGUGCCUCCCUUCCCAAGACCUGAAGCCCAUACCAGAGAGAUGCAACCAGUGCAGCCAGCUCCUCAUCACUAUGACCGACAAGGAGGACCACGUAAUCAUUUCAGACAGUCACUGCUGCCCCCUGGGUGUGACUCUCUCAGAAUCCCAGGCAGAAAGCCGAGCUAGUGCCACUGUCAGCCCUGGCACUGACACCCUCGAUGGGGUAGGGGAAGUGUUUGAGACGCCUCAAGGAGAGAACGAGCAGCCGGUUGUACCUGAGGGGACCACUCAGACCACUUGUCCGGCCGUUGGAAUUUCCUCCCAACAAGACAGUGUGGGAGUAACAGAGGCUCCUGCUCUCAUUGUCCCUCCAUCGAGCUCCCACACUCAGGCAGCAAAUGAGAAUGUGCAGCAAGUGGCCACUCACUCUGUGAGCGAGAACUCAGAGGCCCACGAAGCGCCAAUGCCCUCGCAGCCCCUGGGUGGAGAAGCAGCUCCUCAUCUUCACAGCCCACCGACCACAAGCACCUCAGCUCUGAACAGUCUUGUGGUCUCUUGUGCAUCUGCUGUUGGUGUGAGAGUAGCUGCUACCUAUGAAGCUGGAGCCUUGUCUCUGAAGAAAGUGAUGAGCUUCUACAGCACAGCCCCUUGUGAUUCUGGAGCUCAGGCAAGCAGUAGUGCCAUAGGCCCAGAAGGUCUGAAAGACAGCAGGGAAGAGCAGGUGAAACAGGAGUCCAUGCAAGGGAAAAAAAGUUCAAGUCUUGUGGAUAUCAGAGAGGAAGAAUCGGAGGGAGGCUGCCGCAGACUCUCCCUUCCCGGAUUGUUGUCACAAGUUUCCCCCAGGCUCUUAAGAAAAGCUGCCCGGGUGAAAACCCGGACUGUGGUGCUGACCCCCACUUACAGUGGGGAAGCAGAUGCACUCUUGCCUUCUCUGAGAACAGAGGUGUGGACCUGGGGAAAAGGGAAGGAAGGACAAUUGGGUCAUGGUGAUGUUCUUCCCAGGCUUCAGCCACUCUGUGUUAAAUGUCUGGAUGGCAAAGAAGUGAUCCAUCUGGAAGCAGGUGCUCACCAUUCUCUCGCACUUACUGCAAAAUCCCAGGUUUACUCAUGGGGCAGCAAUAUGUUUGGUCAACUUGGGCAUUCUGACUGUCCAACAACAGUUCCUCGUCUUUCAAAGGUAAACAGUGAAAAUGGAGUGUGGAGUGUAGCGGCAGGCCAGGAUUAUACCCUGUUCUUGGUGGAUACAGAAGACUUCCAGCCUGGCUUGUACUACAGUGGCCGGCAGGAGCCUCCCGAAGGUCCCCUUCCAGAGAACCCUGGUGGCACCAAGACUCCAGCCCUUCUAUCCUGCAGUCAGCUGGGAUAUAUAAGCAGAGUGGCAGCAGGAAACGAUAGAUUUAUUGCUUUGGCGGACAAAAAUAUUAUGGGAUAUAUUGCCAGUCUUCAUGAGUUGGCUACUACAGAAAGACGGUUCUAUUCAAAAUUAAGUGAUAUCAAAUCUCAGAUUCUCAGACCUCUUCUUAGUUUGGAAAAUUUGGGCACUGCGAGUACAGUACAGCUGUUGCAAGAGGUGGCAAGCCGAUUCAGCAAGCUGUGUUACCUGAUUGGCCAACAUGGAGCUUCACUGAGCAACUUCCUGCAUGGGCCUAAGGAAGCCAGGAAUCUGGUCAUUCUGAAGCAUGCAAGUCUCUUCUUGGAUAGUUAUACAGAGUACUGCACAUCUAUUACUAAUUUCCUGGUUAUGGGAGGAUUCCAGCUUCUUGCUAAGCCUGCCAUUGAUUUCCUAAAUAAAAACCAGGUGCUAUUGCAAGGUUUAUCAGAAGUGAACGACGAUAAUAUCCAAUUGAUGGAAAUACUAAAUACUUUGUUUUUCUUGCCAAUCAAACGUCUUCAUAAUUAUGCAAAAUUUUUGUUAAAGCUUGCUACUUGUUUUGAAGUGACAUCUCCAGAAUACCAGAAACUUCAGGAUUCCAGUUCCUGUUAUGAGUCUCUUGCACUCCAUCUUGGCAGGAAAAGGAAAGAGGCAGAAUAUACUCUGGGCUUCUGGAAGACCUUUCCUGGGAAAAUGACGGAUUCUUUGAGGAGGCCCGAGCGCCGCCUGCUUUGUGAGAGCAGUAACCGCGCCCUUUCCCUGCAGCAUGCUGGGAGGUUUUCUGUGAAUUGGUUCAUCCUUUUUAAUGAUGCUCUUGUCCAUGCACAGUUCUCCACACACCAUGUUUUCCCUUUAGCCACACUGUGGGCAGAGCCUCUUUCUGAAGAAACUGGGAAUGUAAAUGGCUUAAAAAUUACUACACCUGAGGAACAGUUCACUCUCAUUUCAUCGACCCCACAGGAAAAGACUAAGUGGCUACGGGCUAUAUGCCAAGCUGUGGAUCAGGCUUUGAGGGGGACGUCUGAUUUCCCACCAUAUGGAAGUAGCAGCAGUAUUCAGAGGCAGGAACCUCCCAUUUCUCGCAGUGCCAAAUAUACUUUCUACAAGGAUCCUCGCCUGAAGGAUGCAACCUAUGAUGGACGCUGGCUUUCAGGGAAGCCUCACGGCAGAGGGAUUUUGAAGUGGCCAGAUGGGAAGAUGUACUCUGGCAUGUUCCGGAAUGGCCUGGAAGAUGGGUAUGGAGAGUACAGAAUCCCAAACAAAGUAAUGAACAAAGAAGACCAUUAUGUGGGCCAUUGGAAAGAAGGAAAAAUGUGUGGCCAGGGAAUCUAUAGUUAUGCAUCUGGUGAAGUGUUUGAAGGCUGUUUUCAAGAUAACAUGCGUCAUGGUCAUGGUCUUCUGCGAAGUGGAAAAUUGACUUCCUCUUCUCCCAGUAUGUUCAUUGGCCAGUGGGUGAUGGAUAAGAAAGCAGGAUAUGGUGUCUUCGAUGAUAUCACUAGGGGAGAGAAAUAUAUGGGAAUGUGGCAAGAUGAUGUAUGUCAAGGGAAUGGGGUUGUAGUGACCCAAUUUGGAUUAUAUUAUGAAGGAAACUUUCACCUUAACAAAAUGAUGGGAAAUGGAGUAUUGCUUUCUGAAGAUGAUACUAUCUAUGAGGGAGAAUUUUCAGAUGAUUGGACUCUAAGUGGAAAGGGAACACUGACUAUGCCGAAUGGAGAUUACAUUGAAGGUUACUUUAGCGGAGAGUGGGGAUCUGGAAUAAAAAUCACUGGGAGCUACUUCAAGCCUAGCCUGUAUGAGAGUGAUAAAGACCGGCCCAAAGUUUUCAGGAAAUUAGGAAGCCUGGCUGUGCCUGCUGAUGAGAAGUGGAAAGCCGUGUUUGAUGAAUGCUGGCAUCAGUUGGGCUGUGAUGUCCCAGGCCAUGGGGAAGCUUGGAAAGCCUGGGAAAACAUUGCUGUGGCCCUAACCAGCAGUCGGCGCCAGCACCGGGGCAGUCCAGAGAUACUAAGUCGUUCACAGACUCAGACCCUAGAGAGUUUGGAAUUCAUUCCUCAGCAUGUUGGUGCAUUUUCUGUGGAGAAAUAUGAGGACAUCAAGAAAUAUUUAAUAAAGGCCUGUGAUACGCCCCUGCACCCGCUGGGCAGGCUCAUGGAGACACUCGUGGCUGUGUACAGGAUGACCUAUGUGGGCGUGGGAGCCAACCGCAGGUUGUUACAGGAGGCAGUGAAGGAGAUUAAAUCUUACCUCAAGCGAAUUUUCCGGUUGGUGAGGUUUCUAUUUCCCGAACUUCCUGAAGAGGGCAGCACGAUUCCCCUCUCUGCUCCUCUGCCCACAGAGAGGAAAUCCUUCUGUCCUGGGAGGUCACCCGAUUCCAGAUCCGAAUCACCAGAGCCAGGUUACGUGGUCACAAGUUCUGGGUUAUUGCUUCCUGUGUUGCUCCCUCGGCUCUACCCUCCACUGUUUAUGCUUUAUGCCCUCGAUAAUGAUCGUGAAGAAGACAUUUACUGGGAAUGUGUCCUGAGACUAAAUAAGCAGCCUGAUAUUGCUCUCCUGGGCUUUCUUGGGGUACAGAGGAAAUUUUGGCCUGUGACCUUGUCAAUUCUUGGAGAGAGUAAAAAGGUUUUGCCAACUACAAAAGAUGCUUGUUUUGCCUCAGCUGUAGAAUGUCUACAGCAAAUCAGUACAACAUUCACCCCUUCAGACAAGCUUAAAGUCAUCCAGCAAACCUUUGAAGAGAUUUCUCAGAAUGUUCUGGCAUCUCUUCAGGAAGACUUCUUAUGGUCCAUGGAUGACUUGUUUCCUGUUUUCUUAUAUGUGGUGCUACGGGCCAGGAUCAGAAACUUGGGCUCUGAGGUUCACCUGAUUGAGGAUCUGAUGGACCCCUAUCUUCAGCAUGGGGAACAGGGCAUAAUGUUCACCACUUUGAAGGCAUGUUACUUCCAGAUCCAGCGUGAGAAGCUUAACUAGGCUGUAGCAGCUAGAUUAUCUGUUCCAGGGGUCACUGCACCAUCUGGUGUCUUGCUGUUGUGGUGGUGAAUUAGAACAUCUUUCUUUGGUGAU